AUGGAGCAAAAUAGUGUGCUAUCACUUCACCAAAUAAAACGCUGCCUGACGGUCGAUCUUUGCUGCAACAUUUUUACAUCUUUUACAACGCUCAUCUCAUCUCAUCUCAUCGCUCUCUUAUUUAAUUUGGAAAAUUUUCAGUUAACUAACACCAAAAGUAACAAAGGUACAGCGAGGAAGUCAGCACAUCGAACGCCUUCUGCAGUCCCUGACAUCGUUAUAUCAUUACUUGGAACAAUGAGUGAUGUUAUUAGUGUUAUCAAUAGGAACGAAUUUUGGUCUAAUGGCCGUUUAGAACAGGAUGAAUAUGAAUCAGAUUCCAGCUCAGGUUCAGAGCAAGAACAUGACAUUGAGAUGAGCGGUGCUCACGAUUCCAAUGGUGGAAUAGACCAUCAGGAUGGGUCUAUUGUCACACCUGGUGAAUUAAUAACCGAUGAUCCUAUAUGGAUGAAGGGUCAUGGUACUUAUUUCUUGGAAAACAAGACAUACAGUUCUGUGGUUGGCACAGUAUCGAGAGUGAAUAGAUUGCUAUCCGUUUUACCAUUAAAAUCUCGUUAUAUUCCCGAAACAGGUGACCACAUCGUGGGUAGAAUCACUGAUGUUGGUAAUAGAAGGUGGAAAGUGGAUAUUGGAGCCAAACAGUAUGCGGUUUUGAUGUUGGGUUCUGUUAAUUUACCAGGUGGUGUAUUGAGACGUAAGUCAGAGACAGAUGAGUUGCAAAUGAGAAACUUCUUGAAAGAAGGUGAUCUACUAAACGCUGAAGUCCAAUCGUUGUUCCAAGACGGUUCAGCUUCAUUACAUACCAGAUCGUUGAAAUAUGGGAAACUAAGGAAUGGUACGUUUGUUCAAGUCCCAAGUUCCCUAAUAGUGAGAUCUAAAAAUCAUACACAUAAUCUUCCAGGGAAUGUCACCAUUAUCUUGGGUGUAAAUGGGUUCGUAUGGAUAAGGAAAUCCUCCAAGAUGGAUCUUUCCGGUAAGACCACUACUACAGGUUCAGGACAAUCUGACCAUUUACCAGGAUCCAACAAUGCAAUGUCGGUUUCCAUUACAAGAUUGGAAGAAGAGAGUUCUUGGGAAAUAUAUUCGGAUAAAAAUGAUACUGUUACUGUAAGCGUUAGGCAAACAAUCACAAGAUAUGCAAACGUAAUUAAGGCGUUAGCACAUUGCGAACUCGGUAUCACUGAGCCAAGAAUAAUAUCCGCAUAUGAGGCUUCAAUGGCUUAUGGUAACUUGGGACAGUUAAUUGAAUCGGAGACGAUGGAGUCCUUAGGUCAAGACGUCAUCAACUCAGAGAAGAUGAGGGGAGCAGCAUAG